UGUCUAUUAUAGAAAUCAAAUCCAGCUCCUCUCUCUCUUCUGCAACUCUUUGUCUUCAAGUAGAAGAAACAAUCCCCCCCUGUUUCUUCUGUACCUUUACCCCCUCUCUCGACCUUCUUCACUUACUUAAAGUGUCAAAUACAUUAAAAAAAACCCCACACACAAUGUCACCCACUUUUCUUGUAGCAGAAACCAUGUGACUUCCCCGAAUCAAUCUCUCUAUUUCCUCUCUCCUCACCCUUCCUCCACCGAGUUAGUCCCCCCUCACCGGCUCACUGAGUCAACUCGACUCAAACCAACUCCACUGAGCAUCUGGUUUUUCCCCCUGUAUGGCGUCAUCUUCCAGAGCGAGAAGCAGGUCUCCAUUCUCGCACCGGAAACCGUCAAGUUCAUACUCUUCAGCUUCUUCAACAACCACUUCUUAUAAUAACAGGCUGAUUCCUCGCUCUUGCUCGACUUCCGCUUCUUCAUUUUUCGGUUCGAGAUCCGUGACGCCAAAUCGAGCUCGGUCUGAUUCAAUGCAAUACGGCGGUCUACGUGGUGGUGGUCAAACCCCUGUCGGGUUCGGGCCGGAGGAGUUAAUUGCUGAACCGUUUGAUCAACCGAGGAGUGGUGGUGAUAGCAUUUCGGUUACUAUUCGGUUUAGGCCGUUGAGUGAAAGGGAGUUCCAGAGAGGGGAUGAGAUAGCAUGGUAUGCGGAUGGGGAUAAGAUUGUCAGGAACGAGUACAAUCCAGCGACUGCUUAUGCAUUCGAUAAGGUGUUUGGACCACACACUGCAUCUCAAGAGGUGUAUGAGGUUGCUGCAAAACCUGUAGUCAAGGCUGCAAUGGAAGGUGUUAAUGGAACUGUUUUUGCGUAUGGUGUUACUAGUAGUGGAAAGACGCAUACUAUGCAUGGAGACCAAAAUUCACCUGGUAUCAUACCACUGGCCAUAAAGGAUGUUUUCAGUAUUAUCCAAGAGACUCCAGGAAGAGAGUUCCUGCUACGGGUGUCCUAUCUUGAAAUUUACAAUGAGGUGAUAAAUGACUUGCUUGAUCCAACAGGUCAAAAUUUGCGUGUUAGAGAAGAUGCACAGGGCACCUAUGUUGAGGGUAUAAAGGAAGAAGUCGUUUUGUCUCCUGGGCAUGCACUUUCUUUCAUUGCUGCCGGAGAAGAGCAUCGCCAUGUUGGUUCAAAUAAUUUUAAUCUGUUCAGCAGCCGAAGUCACACCAUAUUUACUCUGAUGAUUGAAAGUAGUGAUCAUGGUGACGAAUAUGAUGGAGUGAUUUUCUCUCAACUUAAUCUGAUUGAUCUAGCUGGAUCUGAGAGUUCAAAAACUGAAACAACUGGACUAAGGAGAAAGGAAGGAUCUUACAUAAACAAAAGCCUUCUAACUCUUGGAACUGUUAUUGGAAAACUGAGUGAAGGAAGAGCAUCUCAUGUUCCGUAUCGAGAUUCCAAACUUACUCGCCUUUUGCAGUCCUCGUUGAGCGGGCAUGGGCAUGUUUCGCUUAUUUGUACCGUCACUCCUGCAUCAAGUAACAUGGAAGAAACUCAUAAUACAUUGAAGUUUGCUAGCAGGGCAAAGCGGGUUGAAAUCUAUGCCUCACGCAAUAAGAUAAUUGAUGAGAAAUCUUUGAUCAAGAAGUAUCAAAAAGAAAUCUCAAUCCUCAAAGAGGAACUUGAUCAGUUAAGACAGGGGAUGCUUGUUGGUGUCAGUCAUGAAGAGAUUCUGAGCUUAAGGCAAAAGUUGGAGGAAGGUCAAGUGAAGAUGCAGUCAAGAUUGGAGGAGGAAGAAGAAGCCAAGGCUGCUCUCAUGAGUAGGAUCCAGAGGCUAACCAAACUCAUACUUGUCUCUACAAAGAAUACGAUUCCUGGAUUGCCUGAUGUUCCAGGUCAUCAGAGGAGUCAUUCGGAUGAUAAAUUGGAUUUGCGAGAAGGUGCUUCACUUGCAGAAAAUGAGAAUCAGAAGGACUCUCCAUCUUCUUCUUCUUUGAUUGCAUCAGAUCUAACUAGUGAAUUUAAACAUAGAAGAUCUUCCAGCAAGUGGAAUGAAGAACUCUCACCAGCUAGCAGUGCGGUUACGGAAACGACUCAAGCAGGCAACCUUAUGAAUGCUUCAAAACUGGCACCAGGCGGGAUGACCCAAGACCAGAUGGACCUUCUUGUGGAGCAGGUUAAAAUGCUUGCUGGAGAGAUUGCAUUCAGCACCAGUACCCUAAAGCGCCUGGUAGAGCAGUCUGUAAAUGAUCCUGAUAACUCGAAAAUUCAGAUCCAGAACUUGGAACGAGAGAUCAUGGAAAAGAAGAGGCAAAUGGGAGUCUUGGAACAACGUAUUAUUGAAAGUGGUGAGGCUUCAAUUGCCAAUGCCUCAUUGGUUGAUAUGCAGCAGACAGUAAUGAGAUUGAUGACCCAAUGUAAUGAGAAGGCUUUUGAGCUGGAGAUAAAAUCAGCUGACAACCGCAUCCUCCAAGAACAGCUUCAGAAUAAGUGCUCCGAAAACAAAGAAUUGCAAGAAAAGGUAACUCUCCUGGAGCAGCGGUUCGCUUCACUCUCUGGUGACAAAGCACCACUAAACUCCGAACACAAUGCAUCUGAAGAAUAUGUGGAUGAAUUGAAAAAGAAAGUUCAGUCCCAGGAGAUUGGGAAUGAAAAGCUAAAGAUCGAACAGGUCCAGCUUUCCGAGGAGAAUAGUGGAUUACGGGUCCAAAAUCAGAAAUUGUCUGAAGAAGCUUCUUAUGCAAAGGAACUGGCCUCUGCUGCUGCAGUUGAGCUGAAGAAUUUAGCUGGUGAAGUGACCAAGCUCUCAUUACAGAAUGCAAAAUUGGAACAAGAAUUGCUGGCUGCCCGAGAAUCCGUGCAUUCUAGAGGUGCUGGCAUGCAAACAAUUAAUGGAGUUAACCGCAAGUACUAUGAUGCCACAAGACCAGGGAGGAAGGGGCGGUUCUCUGGCAGAGGAAAUGAGAUUUCAGGAAUGCAUUCUGAUGACUUCGAGUUGUGGAAUCUGGAUCCAGAUGAUUUAAAAAUGGAACUUCAGGCAAGAAAACAACACGAAGCAGCACUUGAGGCAUCCUUGGCUGAAAAGGAAUUCAUAGAAGAUGAAUACAGGAAAAGGUGUGAAGAGGCCAAGAAAAGGGAGGAGGCUCUGGAAAAUGACUUAGCAAAUAUGUGGGUGCUUGUUGCUAAGUUAAAGAAAGAUGGGAGUGCUAUCCCUGGGAUGAAUGCUGAUGAAAGGCAUGGUGAUGGUAUAGAUCAUGCCAGGGAUCCCAAAAUGAAUGGGGUCGAAGUUGAUCAAAAUAAUGCUGUAAAAGAGAGACAAGAUUUGGAUGCAUCACAAGAAGUUGAUGGAACUCCUAAGGAAGAGCCCCUAGUUGUUCGGUUGAAGGCGCGGAUGCAAGAGAUGAAGGAAAAAGAGCUCAAAUACCUGGGAAAUGGAGAUGCCAAUUCCCACGUGUGCAAAGUAUGUUUUGAAUCACCAACAGCAGCAAUUCUUCUCCCCUGUCGACAUUUUUGUUUGUGUAAAUCUUGUUCGCUUGCUUGUUCUGAGUGCCCGAUUUGUCGCACAAAGAUUGCAGAUAGGCUCUUUGCAUUCACUUGACAUUGUGCUUUUACCCUCAAAUAAAGGGCUUUGCCGAUGUUUUCCUGUUCGCUACAUUCACUGGAACAGUGGUGCGAUUCUUUUAUUAGUUUACUGUAUGUAAUUGUCAAAAAGGUAUAUCAAUAUAUUGUUUCUGCACUCUCUCCCUUAGGGGCUGUAAAAUAAGAUUAAUCAAAGGUAAACAAAGAAUCAGUACAUUCCAAAGUAUCAAAUUUAGGAUGUUGCCUUGUUUUUGAACUUGCAGCAGAAUGUUGUGAUUUGUAUCACCAUGUAUAGAAACAACGUAUGCUUCCAUGAGAAGUGUUUUUCCCCA